AUGGGCUCCAAGGCUGGCAAUGCCCAUGCCGCCGGAAAACCCAAAACGCCAAGAAAGGCAUGGGGGAACUUCAGAAUCGGCGCUGAAUAUGUGCUGAAGGAAAUCGCCCGCAACAAGCGUUCCUUUUCCAUUGGCUGGUUGACCGUUUUUCUCACCGUAGCCUUCCUGAGCUUCAUUCAAAACUUGAUAGAUCGAGCAUCCGUCAUUUUCAUCAAAUUUUCGGAAGAUUCGGUUGGGCAAUGGGAUCUGUCGGAUAAGCUUUUGACGCCAGCGGCUGGAUCUGCACGGCUGCUUCUCAACUUUACCAGCAUAAAUACUUCUGUAUCAACUGCUCCGAGAGUGACGGGCGUAGCCCCGCGGUGGAUCUUACCCGCCAAAGCUCGCAAGGCAGGGUAUGCAGAGGCGCCCGUGUACAUGAUGGCGAUGGAUUCGAAAUGGGAGAGCAGGAUAGAUCUUGCGGCAGCGUGGCCAUAUAGGGAGCUGAAAGAUGGGGAGAUAUCGGUAUCAUCCGGCCUCUUAGCAAAAAUGAAGAUAGAGCCCAAUGCCGGCGAAAGGCUGACAUUAUCAAUAUCGCUUGCAGACGUCUUACAGUCACUCAGUCAAGGAAGUCCAACGGGCACGAAUGCAGACAACACAACGUCAUCUGACGGCACCUCGAGCAACGCAAACGGUAACAUCAACGUUACAUCGGAAAACGCGUGGGCUGCGGUUUCGGCAGCGUUGACCAACUAUUCACAAGAGUUUGUCGUUGUUGACGCAAUAGACUCGACGUACGGAAAGUAUCCAGAUUCUCUCGGGAAUGUAGCCAUAAUGGGGAGAGAAGCGGCGCAAACGAUGGUCGAUCGAUUUGUGUCCGGCACGAGCUCCGGAAACCCAGAUAGUCAAGCCGCUGCCAGCCUAUUUACAGCGGUAGCCGCACAAGGCCUUAUCCGUCAGAACACAUCAAUCGAUAUUAUGGAAUAUGCCACUACGAUCAUUGCCGUCAUGAAGGACCGCAUGGCAAUUUAUUCGAAAGACGAUAAGCCCAGACGGUCUGAAAUUGUCCGCUUUUCGAACGAGGUGGCAACAUACAUUGGCCUGGAGACGUCUGUGGACUUUACAGCAGUCUUGUUGACGGCUCUGGAAGCUACUUCGUUCAUGCAAAUCUUCCUCGGGCAGGCGCUCAUUACCGUCAUGAUCGUCCUUUUGGCCCUCGCAGCGCUGCUUAUAUUCUCCCUGCUUUUAGCCGAUGUCGAAGAGAAAACGUUUGAGUACGGCAUGCUGCGGACUUUGGGGAUGCGGCAGCUCUCCCUCAUCAAUCUGCUCUUCUUCCAGGUUACGUGGUUCUCCAUCCCCGGGAUUCUGUGCGGCCUCCUCUUCAGCUACCUGGGCUUCAUACCUGUUGCGUACUUUCUGGCCCAAUUUUCCAAUUCGGAUAUGGACGCAUCCAUGAGCCCGGCCGCCAUCGCACUUGGUGUAUGCUCGGGCGUCGUACUGCCCAUCCUCGGUACGAUCAUCCCAACACGACGGGCGUUAGGGAAGACUUUGCGCGAUGCCUUGGACGUCUUCCACAUAUCCAGCAAUGAGACGCUCGUCCGCGUGGACAAGCUGGAGAAAAUGGGACUAUCCGCCACGGAAAUGAUAAUCGCAUUCAUUCUCGUGGGAGUUGGAUUCUUAGUGUACUAUAUCGUUCCUCUGAGCUUUGUGUUCAACGAUCUCAAACUUUUCUUCAGCAUCAUGACCUUGAUCCUUCUCGGUAUGCUCCUCGGAACGAUCCUCCUUGGACAAGUAUUGCAGCAUUGGCUCGAGAUUGCCAUCGCCAACAUUGUGGUCCGCCCAUUUGACGCACCGUUAGUACACAUCGUAUGCAAGAAUCUCGCCGCCCACAUCCGCCGGAACAGCAAAACAGCGUCGAUCUUCACGCUCUGUCUUGCCUAUGUCGUGUUUGCAUCCACGAUGUUCAAUCUGCAAGCGAACUCAUUGCGAGAACUCGUUGAAUGGCAACUUGGAGCGGAUGUGGUGCUGACGGCGCCUGACUGGGACAACGCUCUCCCGGAAGAGACUUUGAGAAACUACCUCACAAACCAGAGCUUGACUGAUCGAGAUGUUGCGCAGGUUGUGGAUGGAUACACUUUCAUGACUUUCGGGCUCAGCACAUAUUGGGCGGUCAACUACCUCAACAUGCGGUCACUGGCAUCACUGAACGACCAGAAGAUAGAGGUCUACGGUUUGGAGACCAACUUCCUGUCGUCGACGUAUCUCCGGUACUUCGUCGUCGGCAGCGCUGACGUACCACAAGCCGUGGAUUGCAUGGCCGGAGAUUGCGCAACGCCGAACGUGGUGCAGGGAUUGUCUUCUCACGUGGAUCCCACACCCUAUGCGGAUGUACCGCCAAGCAUGGCAUCGUUAUUACCGCCCUACAUAAACGUGUCGACGAACUACUGGGUGAAGCCGCCAAACACGGACCAGAAGGCGGCAUACGAGACAGCACUUCCGAUUCUCAUGUCUCAGAAGCUCCAAGGACUCUUAUUCACAGACGUGACCUCCUUGUUGCAAAUGUUGCUGAACUUCUCUCCAACUGGAGACGGACAGAAUGGGGUUGAACACAAAUAUCUGUGCAAACCCAUCGCCAUUCUCAACAAGUUUCCCACAUUUCCCUCAUCACUGGCUACGGGUACAGCUCCAGUGCUCGUGUCCAUGACUGCUUUUCAGUCAUUGAUGACGGAUAUUCGCAGCGUCCAACCCGCUGCAACGCGGAACGAUACCACCAUACCAAAAAGAAAGAUGCUAAUCAAGUUCCGCGAGGGCACCACAGACCGACAGCUUUUGGCUCUCGUCAAUGAUCUGACGAGCGUGCUGAACAACGACAAGAUAACAGUAGACAUUCUACGGGACAAAGUGAAAGCGGCUACGGAAUCUGCAAAAUACAUCACGUAUCUUUUCUACAUUGUUGCGGUGGUAGGGCUCAUCUUCUGCUUCUUUGUGCUGUGGCUAUCCUUCACUGCGAACAUAAGAGAGAAUUCUUGGGAGUUCGGUGUGCUUCGAGCACUUGGCUUUCCGGUCAGCGCUGUACAAAGAGUGUAUCUGUACGAAGCAUUUUCCAUCAUCGCUUCGUGUGUGAUUUUGGGAACUUCAACAGGCAUUUUGGUAGCGCUUGCCGUUGCGCUGCAAUUCAAUCUGUUCACAAGUCUCCCUUUCGAGUUCAUGUUCCCGGUGCCGCUGUACAUCGUGGUUGUCGUCCUGUCCUUUGUCGUUUCGAUGGCUGGAUCAUAUCUCCCCAGUCGACCGUACGCAAAGGAGAAGAUCGCCGUCGUUCUGAAAGGACACUGA